AUAACCUUUCUCAAAGCGCGCAGGCGCAGAACUGCGGCGGCCAUAGAGCUUGUUGCCGGGUAACAGAUUUGGUUCAGGCAUUUCGAAACUUUGUCUACUUUAUUUUGUUUCUGGUUUCCGGUAACACCUUAUAUCCCACCAUGAAUAAAGAUGCACAGAUGAGAGCUACAAUUAAUCAGAAACUAAUUGAAACCGGAGAAAGGGAACGCCUCAAAGAGCUGUUAAGAGCAAAAUUAAUUGAAUGUGGAUGGAGAGACCAACUAAAAGCACACUGCAAAGAUGUGAUUACAGAGAAAGGACUUGAGCAUGUCACUGUUGAUGACUUGGUUGCAGAAAUCACUCCCAAAGGCAGAGCCCUGGUACCUGAUAGCGUAAAGAAAGAACUGUUGCAAAGAAUAAGAGCUUUUCUUGCCCAACAUGCAAGUCUUUAGAACCUUUUAUAAGUUACAAUGCCAAUAUCGUGCAUGAUUUACAUUUUAAUGUGUAUAUGAAUUCAUUUUUGUAAUUUUGAUUUUUCUGCAAGUGUACUUAAUAAAAAAAAAGAAGGAAAAUA